UGGCAGACUCCUAUCAACAUCAAAGGCAAAUGUUGGGUUGACUUUUUUCACUCUUUUUGUUUCAUGUAAUAAUUUAGUGCUGGUUUUGUUUUAAUUUAGCUUAUGAUUUAUGAAAAAAAUGUUGUUAUAUUUAUAUACUUGAGUAAAAAUUUAUUACCAAUAAAAUAUAAUAUUUAUGGAUGUAAAUAUAUUUAAAAUACAAUUUCAUUUAAUAUUUUUAAAUAUAGAAUUAGAUUUGGAGUCUUAUAUAUAUUUUUUAAAAUGUUAAUUUGACAUGUAAGUGUUUAUUUAUAUAUAUUAAGUACUCAAAACGUUAAUUUAUUGUUUAAUUAAAGGUUUACUGCUAUAUAAUUCAAUUAUUCGAUUUUAGAGUUUGCGUUUAGGAGACUUCGUAAAGAAAGUUUGCCAAGCAGUUAUGCACUAACAUUCUUCAGGUGUAUUAUUUACAUACAUAGUGUAAAUUCAGGGUAUAAGAGACUUCAUAUAGAAGUUUUUCAAAUCGAUUUUUUUAUUUAACUGUGAAUUGUACUUUUAAUAUAAACAUAACCGAAAUUAAACCAAAAAAGUUUCAUGAAAUAAGAGUUUAAUUAUAAGUUAUGGUGUAAAAGACUUCAUGUGAAGUAUACUCGAUUGAGUAAAUCUAAUUGAGAUUUUUAUUAUUUACAUAGAAAAAUAUACACAGUUUAUCUUUAAACAGUCGUAACAAAAAUCUAAUGUUUUUCUUUUUAAAACUCUCUAACCUAUAUGUAAUUUAUUUAAUUUGAAGACACAAAGCAAUAUAUUAAUUACUUAUCUCAUUGUCUCAUGUUCACAAUUUUAUCUUAUUUUUCACGUUUUUAUUCUGUUAUUUUCAUUUUUCCGUCUUAAAAAGAUAGAUAUAAGGAUUUUAGAUGUAAACCAAUGGGGCUUAAAUCUCUAUAUCAUUUAUUUUGUUACUAAAGCUAUUAGUAUCCAGCAGCUCUGUUGGUAAAGUUUCACCCCAAACCAUGGAACGAAAUUCAGCGUGACAUUUUUUAUUUAUUUUUUUCUUUAUAAUUAUAUAGUUUGAACUAUGGGUCCGCCACUGGCUACAGGAUAUAUAUUUUUGUAUUUAUGUCAGGUUUAAAGAAUAACUUGAUAAGAUUGUUUCUUAUUAUACCAGUCUAAAAUUUUAGUUUUUUGAAGUUUUUUCUCUCAUUUGAAGCAUUUUUUUAUGUUUUUGAAAAAUAAUAGAUUAUAAUUUAUCUAAUAAUCGAAUUUACUUAACAGCCGCCACAAAAGUUAUUGUUUAAUUCUUUAUCGUACACACGCUACAAGUUGCACAAAAGUAAACUAGAUAUUUCCAUAUUAUAAACAAACAAAUGUUUUUAAAACUAUAUUAGAAAACGACAUUCACAUAAUAUAUACGGGGCAUGUCGGACCAACUUUCUUUUAAUGUUUGGGAGGUUGUGGAUUCGUAAGACGAUAUAUCCCUUAAAUCAACUAUUUGAAAUGUGAUUUUCUUUUAAAAAUAUUUGUUUAUAUACAUCAUCACCAUAUUCAUUUGAAAGACAAAUGGUUAUAUAAUUUAAUCAAAAUGAUGACAUAUUUCUUUUUAUUUAUUAUGACAUGAUUUAAUCAUAAAGACUUUGACUUUUGAUAAAAUUCUUAAACUAAGAUAUAUAAUUCUAUAAUCUGGCUACAUACCAUAAACGUAAAUUAUGUUUAGAAUUAUUAUUACAUUUUUAAAAAUAAUAUAACUGUACCUAGAAAGUUUUAUUAGAUGAAUUUAUGAUAAAAGUAAGUAAUUUUGUAUAAUUAUUUAUUUUUUUAUCCAUAUUCAUUAUAAAAUAUAUUAACAAAUAAACUAUGACAAUUUGAUAAUUUUUUUAUGAAAAGUUAAAUAUUUAAGUCAUACUUGGAUCCAAAGGUAUAUAGAUGAUUAAUAAAAUUUUAAAUCUAUUGAACUUAUUUGGAUUUAAAUGCUAUACAAUAAUUAUUGUUUGAGGAUUAUUGAUUUAUUGCCAUAAACAAAAUGUUACAGUUUAUUGAUGUAAUAAAUUUUAAAUUUAUAUAUUCGAAACUAUAGUUUAUAUAUAUAUAUAUAAAAUAAGUUUUAUUUUAUUUUAAUUUAACUUUACUUAAUAUAACUAACCAAAAAUCAAAUUAAAUAUCUUAAAUCAAAUGGAAAAUAAAUAAUAAAUAAUUAUAAUUAUGAAUAAUUAUUUAUGAAUUUAUUUUUAAAUUGAUAAAAUGAAACCUAUAUUUAUAUUUAUAGAUAUAAUAAUUUUGAAAGAUCUAUUUAUGCGUAUGGUGGAGGAAACAAACUAUUUUCUUAAGAAAAGUCCUAAGCCAUGAAAUUUAUAAAAAAAAAAAAACAGAUCAUCUUCAGAAUCUGUAUUAGGUAACACAUGUAAUUAAAUGUUCAAAAAAUACCUAUAAUUUAUGAAAAUAUAUCAUCAUAUUAGGCAAUACAUGAAUUUUAGCUAGUAGACCACAGAAAAACUGAAAAGAUAAGACUCUUAUGACUUCAAUGGGUAACUCUUACGUGAAAUAAUUUGAUCUUUUGGGCAGCCUAAUACUUAUGUGAAAUAAUUUGAACUUUGUUGUCUAUCAAAAAUCUAUUAAACAUAAAAAGAAUUAUUGAACAUCCGCCACAUAACUAAUUGAUUUAUCCUUUAGCAUAUAGUUGAGUUUUCCCGUUUUUUUUUUAAACAUAAAAUAGAUGCUUUAAAAUAAUUCUAAAAUAGUGUAACACGUUACAUCAUAUAUUUCUUAAGAUAGAUUAAAGUCAAAUUGAUUACUUGUAGAAUCUGGAUUAUCUAAGCAGUUACUUGUUAGACCAUGCACAAUGUUCUAUUAUUUAACAGCCACUUUCUUACAAUUUUACAAUCCAUCACCAUAUUACAUAGUCUUUAUUCCACAUAAUCAUGAACAUUUAUUUAAUUUUUAUGUUAUACAAUGAUUUUUUUAAAAAAAAUUUAACAUUCUACUACCUUACUGACAAAUUAAAAUAAAUAUUUCAGUAUUCAAUUUCUAAAAUUUAAUUAGAAUUUUAUUUUAAUAUUUUUUUGUUUAUUUAUAUAAAUAACAAUCUAUUAGUAAUUGAUAUCAUAUUAUAAUAAAAAUUAUGUAUUCAACUAAAAUAAACCAAAUAUUUAACUUAUAGUAUAAAAAUGAUGAUAUUAAAAACAUUUUUAGAAAAUGUAUUUCCUACAAAAAUAAUUCACUUGAAACAAGUAGGAAAAAUAAAAAUCUAAGUUAUUUAAUUUAAAAAAUCAAUUAAAAUUUAACAGUUAUAUAUAUAUUUUUUCAUAAAAUAGAAUUUUCAACUUUGAUUGGUUUAAAUAUUUUAUGUGGACUCCACUUCUAUAUUUUUCAACUUUUUGAACAGAUUUAACUUGAUUAAUGAAUGUUAAUUUUUUUUUCCUUUUCAAACGACAUCACUGCAAGUUUUCAACAGUUGAAUAAAUUUUUAACUAUUAUUAUUAUUAUUAUUAAUUCACUCGUUCAUCAGUCACCAUCUAUUUUUUUUUGGGUUUAAAGUCACCAUCUAGUUAUAUUAAAAAAUUUGAGCAAACCAGAUUAUAUCAAGUCCUACUUCAUGAUAAAUUACACAUCAAAACGGCUCUUGUGUUCUAUCCAUCAACUCGAUUAAAAAUGGUAACCAUCUCGAGUCUGUUCAAGAUUCUAAGUUGCGCGGACCACGUUGACUAUGCUAUAAUAGUGAUCGCUCUAUCCUCUGUUGUAUGGUAUAUCUGGCUUUACGCCAAGUCCAAACGGCAGCCCCAUCCCUUGCCUCCGGGACCUUGGGGUCUUCCAAUAAUCGGAAACCUACCGUUCCUCAAACCAGAGCUUCACACCUACUUCCAAGGUCUGGCUAAAGAGCACGGUCCCAUUUUCAAACUCUGGCUCGGCUCCAAACUGGCGAUUGUGGUUAGCUCCUCUGAGGUGGCCCGUGAGAUUCUACGAACCAACGACGUCAUUUUCGCGAACCACGAUGUUCCUGCCGUGGCUCUGAUAAACACGUACGGUGGUAUUGACAUAGCCUGGUCACCAUAUGGACCAAGGUGGCGGAUGCUGAGGAAACUAUGUGUUAAUAAGAUACUGAGCAACGUCAGGUUGGAUUCAUCUGUUGGCCUACGUCGCGGAGAGACCAGGAGAACAGUUAGGUAUUUGGCGGAUCAGGCUCGAGCAGGAUCGCAGCUUAACUUGGGAGAACAAAUAUUCGUGAUGAUACUAAAUGUUGUAACGCAGAUGUUGUGGGGCGCUACGGUUGAAGAAGAAGAGAGAGAGAUUGUUGGAGCCGAGUUCAUAGAAUUAGUUCAAGAGAUGAAUGACCUCCUGAUGGUGCCCAAUAUAUCUGACUUUUUCCCGGCAUUGAACCGGUUUGAUCUUCAGGGCUUAGCUAAGCGUAUGCGAGGACUGGCUCAGAGGCUGGACCGGCUGUUUGACCGGGUCAUUAAUCAACGGCUGGGGGUGGAUAAGGGAAGUGAAGGGAAGGGUGAAGAUUUUCUGGAGGUCUUACUAAAAAUCAAGGAUGAAGAAGAUGGGCAGACAAAUUUGAACAUGAAUGAUGUGAAGGCGUUGCUCAUGAACAUGGUGCUCGGUGGUACAGAUUCAUCGUUACAUGUCAUAGAGUUCGCAAUGGCCGAGCUAAUAAACAAACCGGAUAUCAUGAAGAGAGCUCAACAAGAACUUGACGAAGUUGUGGGAAAAGAUAAAAUAGUGGAGGAGUCUCACAUCCCUUAACUUCCAUACAUUCUUGCCAUUAUGAAAGAAACUCUCAGGCUUCACAUGGUUGCACCACUCCUUAUUCCUCACCGCCCAUCCCAAACCACCGUAGUGGGCGGCUUCACUAUCCCUAAAGAUUCAAAGGUCUUCAUUAAUGUGUGGGCAAUCCAUAGAAAUCCAAAUGUGUGGGAGAACCCACUUGAAUUUGAUCCCAACCGAUUUCUUGAUAAAUCUUAUGACUUCAACGGAAAUGAUUUCAACUAUAUUCCGUUUGGAGCUGGUCGUAGAAUAUGCGUGGGAAUGGCGAUGGGGGAGAGAAUUGUUCUCUAUAAUAUCGCUACGCUUUUGCAUUCUUUUGACUGGAAACUUCCUCGAGGAGAGAGAAUGGAGGUCGAGGAGAAGUUUGGGAUCGCGUUGAAGCUGAAGAAUCCACUUCUUACGACCCCAGUGCUAAGAUUGUCCGAUCCAAAUCUUUAUCUGUAAUCUAACUGUCAGAUUAUGACGGAAAAUUGAAUUUUCUGAUGCAUGUUCUAUGAUUUAAUAAAGCUGAACAUGUUAUAGGGCGUUCGCAUGCUGGCAAAGUUUGAUUUAGCAGUUAGCACUCUAUUUCGUGUUCCAAGUCCUACAAAUCUUCUAUGUUUCUGUUUUCUUUUUACAUAUUGGGGUUGUGCUUAGUAAAUACCCGCGUUGUUUUACUUGAUUUAUAAGUCAUCAUUAUUAAGAGUUUCUCGAUAUUAA